AUGUUUUAUUUCUGCCCGAUGGCAAUCGUGGUUGUUCUUCAAUCCAUGCAUAAAUACGUUCCCGUUCUGUAUAUCUAUCACAUGCCGAAUUCAUCGAUAAUGUGGAUGGACCAGAACACUCCGGCGUUGGAUCCUUCGUGUCUGAUUGCAGCUAUAAGGUUCGACUAUACAGCGUUCAUUGCCGUAACCGCCUAUCAAAACAAUGAAGUGACUCAACUUAAAAUCUCUCACAAUCCUUUUGCAAAAGGUUUCCGUGAAGGAUCAGAACGAGACCGAAAACGAGCGUCGACCAGCCCACUUUUCAUCGAGCCAUCACCAAAACGGAUUUCACCAAUGGCUUCGGAAUCGAAGGUAAAAUGUGAAACUCCUUCAGGAAGCCCAUUUCUGUUCCCAUGGCAAGCACCCAUGGCAGAUCCAAACUCUCCAAGAACUAAUGAGGGUCUUCCAAUGCCAUGGUAUAACUAUUAUCAUCAUCCAUUCUAUCCACCAUUCCAUGCAACAUUACCCUGUUACUAUCCUUAUAUGUCAAGUUGCUAUCCUACGACAACUCCAGAAUGUUAA